AUGACGCUGGUGCAGGAGCAGACGCUUCCCGUGGCGCUGACGGGCAAGGAUGUGAUUGCAAAGGCCAAGACGGGCACGGGCAAGACCAUCGGCUUCCUGCUGCCCACCAUCGAGCGGCUGGCUGGGGGCGGCGGCGGCCGCGGCCGCGGCGUGCGGGCGCUCGCCAUCUCGCCGACGCGCGAGCUCGCCUACCAGAUCCGUGAGGAGGCGGAGCAGCUCAUCACGUUCCACAAGCCGGCCCUCGCGUCGUACUGCGUCGUCGGCGGCACGAACGUCAACGCGGACGCCAGCCGACUCUCGUCGAGCCCGCCCGCGCUGCUGGUCGGCACGCCCGGCCGGCUCAACGACCUGCUCGCCAACCACGGCCUCGCCGGCCUCGCCGCGGGGCUGGAGGUGCUCAUCUUCGACGAGGCAGACCAGCUGCUCGAGAUGGGGUUCCGGCCCGACGUGCUGCGCAUCCUCGACGCGCUCCGGCCCUCCGCCGCCACGCGGCAGACCCUCCUCUUCUCCGCGACCCUGCCAAAGGACGUGCUCAAGGUGGCGCAGUUUGCGACGCGAGACGCGACGCUCGUCGACACGGUCGGCGAGGAGGCGGAGCAGACAAACGCGCACGUGGCGCAGAGCGUCACCGUCACGCCGCUCGCAAGCCAGGCGGCCGAGCUCCUGCUGCUGCUGCGCUCGCUCACCCUCGACCCGCCCUACAAGCUCGUCGUCUUCUUCACAUGCCCACAGGCGCGGCUGACGCAGCUCUACUCGGAGGCGUUCGCGCUCGCGGGGAUGCCGGUGCUCGAGAUGCACAGCCGCAAGUCGCAGGCGCAGCGCACGCGUGUCGCCGACCAGUUCCGCGACGGCGACAACCUGAUCAUGUUCUCGUCGGACGCGCGCGGGAUGGACUACCCGGACGUCACCGCCGUGGUGCAGGUCGGGAUGCCGUCCGAGAAGGCGCAGUACAUCCACCGCAUCGGCCGCACCGGCCGCGCCGGCAAGGCGGGCGGCGGAUACCUGCUGCUCGCGGAGGAGGAGGCGCCCUUCCUCCGCCUCGUUGCGGACCUGCCGAUCAGCAGCCGGCGGGCGGCGACCGCCGCCGACGCGGCGGCGGCCGGGCAGGCGAUUGGCGCGGCGCUCGCGCAGGUGCCCGCCGGCACAAAGCAGUCUUCGUACAGCGCGUGGCUCGGCUUCUACAACACCUUCAGCAAGCGGCUCGGCUGGUCCAAGGAGGAGCUGGUCCGUCGCGCCAACGUGUUCGCUUCGACGGUGCUGCAGCUCGACUCGCCGCCCGCCCUCGAGGCGAAGACGGUCGGGAAGAUGGGACUGAAGGGCGUGCGCGGGCUCAUCAUCGGAGGCGGAGGGGGCGGCGGCGGCGGCGGCGGCGGCGGCGGCGGCGGCGGCGGUGGCGGAGGCCCGCGCAAGACGAUCGACAAGCGAGGCGGCAAGGGGGGAGGAAAGGGCGGAGGAAAGGGCGGGUGGAAGAAGGGCGGCAAGGGUGGUGGAAAGGGCAAGGGGCGGAGGUGA